CAAUGGGGAAGGCAGGGCCCAGGUGGAGGCAGAAGCGGGAGGGAGGAACAGAGAGGGACGCGAGGUGAGCAGGAGCCGAGCCUUGGGCGCAGCUGGGACCCGGGCAGAGCGGCCAGGAAGGGCAGCCGAGGGCACACCAGGGAAGGCGGUCCUGGAUGGACACAGGAGCCAGGAGGAGGGCUGAGCCCUGGGCCAGAGGCAGUGCGACCUGGACAGGGAGAGAGGGGCGAGAGACGCGUGGGGCGGGGGCCCGGGGAGGGGUGCUCGGGGAGCCGACAGAGGGCGCCCCGCACCCUGUGUCGCGCCCACAGAGCUCCCUGCUGCUCCUGCUGCUGCUCAGCCCCGGCCUCCGCGGGACCCCCGACUGCUCCUUCAGUCACAGCCCCGUCUCCUCCACCUUUGCGCUCACCAUCCGCAAGCUGUCUGAUUACCUGCUUCAGGACUACCCAGUCACUGUCGCCUCCAACCUGCAGGACGACGAGCUCUGCGGAGCCUUCUGGCGCCUGGUCCUGGCCCAGCGCUGGAUGGAACGGCUCAAAGCUGUGGCUGGGUCCCAGAUGCAAAUCCUGCUGGAGGCUGUCAACACGGAGAUACACUUUGUCACCUUAUGUGCCUUCCAGCCCCUCCCGAGCUGUCUUCGCUUCGUCCAGACCAACGUCUCCCACCUCCUGCAGGACACCUCCAAGCAGCUGGCGGCCUUGAAGCCCUGGAUCACCCGCAGGAACUUCUCUGGGUGCCUGCAGCUGCAGUGUCAGCCGGACUCUUCCACGCUGCUGCCCCCAAGGAGCCCCGGGGCCUUGGAGGCCACAGCCCUGCUGGCCCCCCAGGCCCCUCUGCUGCUCCUCGUGUUGCUGCUGCCCGUGGGUCUCCUGCUGAUGUCCGCUGCCGGGUGCCUGCACUGGCGAAGGAGGGGGUGGAGGACGCCCUACCCUGGGGAGCAGAGGACACUGAGGCCCAGCGAGACGAGUCACCUGCCAGAGGACACAGAGCUGGGACUCAGAGGAAGUCAGCUAGAGACUGGUCCCUUCCUCGAGGGCGCUGCCCUGCUCACUCUCUCCCCAGGAUGGAGGCAACGCCAGUCCCCAACGCCAGCCCCAGCCCCACCUGUCCCCCUCUGUACAAAGUCCUUGUCCCCAGGAAAUUGUAUAUAAAUCACCCUUUUCUACCA